AAGUUGAAGCCAUUGGCCGAAGUGUCGAAGCGUGAUAAUAGUUUUUUUUGUCACAAUAAAAAAAACUGCCGCAUCCGUCACCGGCUGCGGUUGUUUGUUUUUAUUUUGAAAGUGCGUUGCGCGUGCGCAAGCCAUAACCAGCUACACAAUGGCGAUGAAAGAGUACCUCCAAUGGCUGCCGCCGCCGCGCUCCACGCUGGCGCUGCUGCUGGCGGCGGGCGGCUGCAGCGGGCGGCUGGUGGCGGCGCAGGCCACGCACUCGCCCACGCUGCUCGUGGACGCCUGCCACGCGCUGUGCCGGCUCGUGGGGCUGAUUACUACCGUGCUGUCGUAUAAGUACGAGCGAGCAGACGAGAGCGAGGGUCGCGAGGGGCGCCUGCGCAACACGUUCGGCUGGGCGCGCAUCGAGGUGGUUGGGCGUCUCUCGGUCCACGUCCUCUUCGCUUCUUUCGCCCUCGCCCUGGUCGUCAACGCCCUGCAGUUGGGCGUCCACUCGUCGCACGGACAACCCCCGGUCUACCCCAGGGUUAUAAUUGGAACUGCUGUGAUUGGACUGAUGCUGCAUGCGCUCAAUUAUAUGCUGUUGGCUGGCAACGAGUUGAGCUACAGCCGGCGCCUGAGCAUGACGGAGAGCGGCGUGGUGGUGCUGAAGACAGGCGUGGGCGAGCCCGCGCUGGCGCACGCGCCCACUGACAUAGCCAGCAGUCUGUUCGUGAUCGCAGCGGGGCUGACGUCGGAGUGGGAGCCGGACGCCGCCCGCAUCGCCGACCCCGCGCUCUCCGCCUUGGCAGCCAUCGUGCUCGUCAUAUUCAACUAUCCCUUUAUGCGUUCAGCAGGCCUGGUGCUACUGCAGACGGUGCCCGAGGGUCUGGGCGCGUGCGACCUGCGCGCGGCGGCGCUGCGCGUGCCCGGCGUGCUCGCCAUCCACGAGCUGCACGUGUGGCAGCUGCAUCGGGAUCGCGUGGUGGCUACGGCGCAUGUGGCUUACGGAUCUCAUGAUGACUACCUGAGGAGCUCGGGGCUGGUGAACGACGUGUUCAAGCGGCACGGCAUCGGGCUCGUCACGCUGCAGCCAGAGUUCCUGCUCACCUCCUUCACAGGCACAGCAGAGGAACAGAAGGCGCUGGUAGAGCUGGCCAACCAGGCGUGCUCCAAGCCCUGUGCCAGGGAAUGCUGCGCCCGGCGCUGCUGCGAGGCGCCCGUGAUAACUCCCGUCACCAGGAUCUAGGGUCAAGACCUACAAAAUACUCCGGUCACCUGUGUCUAUAGAGGCAAGAGCCACGCCAGACUCCAGUCACCUGGGUAUAGGGUCAAGAGACUCUUGAGCCACUCAAGACUCGAGUCACCAGGGUCUACAUUUACAGCUCUAGAGCCACUCAAGAUUCCGGUCACCAGGGUCUAGGGUCAAGGGUUUAGUGCUCAGGAGCAGGUAGAUCACAGGCUUGGUCUUUUGAAGUUUGUGGGGCUUUUAAGGCAGAAGCCGAAUUUUAAACUCUGAGAUGGAAGUGUCGAUUAGUUAACAUAGGUACUAAUCUACACUUCGAUAAAUCGUUGUCGCGUGAUUAAGGAUGUGAGACUCACAGCACCUAGCUAAGAACCUAGAUAAGUACACCACUA